AUGAACCGCCUAGGAGCUCUGCUCGAGACAUGCACCGGCGACGAAACUACUCGCCCUCCCCAGAUCGGCGCCAUCACCGCCACUCUACCCCAACGCCGUGCUAAGAGUGUCCCACACAAGGACGAGCGCCUCGGGCAGGCUGCCAAAGCGGCCCUCGACGCAGCAGCCAUCGAAGCCAUCAGAGUACGGCACCACCCUGGGCCCUGGGCAGGUUCAAAGGGGGCACGGGUUGCCACAGCGGCCGUAGGCGCCGCCAUCACAGACCGUGUCAUGGGCCGCGACCCGGAAGAGAGGAGCACGAGACACAUGAUACAGUCGGCGAUUGGGGGACUCGCCGCCACCAGGCUACUGAAUGGCGCACGCAAAAAUGAAAAGCGACGGUGA